UUAUGAUGUAGGGCUGCCCCAGCCCUGUGCACAGACACCUCGGCAGGCUGCAGCGCUCCGCACUCCCUCGCCAGCCCGGCUCCUUCCCCACGGCUCCGCCGCUGGAUCGCGCUCUCCGGCCGCCCCGCAGGACCCAGACAGCUGCCAGCAUGUCCGAGAUCCUCCCCUACAGCGAGGAGAAGGUGGCCCGCUACGGCACCGACUCCGAAGUCAGCGAGAUCUCCUUCAGCUGCCGGCUCCAGGACACCAACUCCUUUUUCGGGGGCAACCAGGCCAAGCGGCCCCCCAAGCUGGGGCAGAUCGGCAGGGCCAAGAGAGUGGUGAUCGAAGAUGAUAGAAUAGACGAGGUGCUGAAGGGGAUGACAGACAAGUCGCCUUCUGGGGUGUAAGCUGGCAGAGGAGGCGCCUGCACUGAGCUGCAGACUCUGAUCACUGAUUUUAAGCACUUUUGGCCGUGCAUGUUUGUCGGACUGUGGUCAACGAGGAAAGCAAAGGAAGGAGAUGAGGCUGCUGGCGACACCUUCCACCCCCAACCCAGACCCCAGCCCGAGGCGGUAACGGAUGGGGCCAUCUCACCCUCCUCAGCAUCCAACCGAGAGCAAUGGGACAAAGGGAUUUGGCCAUCCAAUCCAUCCAGUCCAGAUUUCCAGGGCGCCAUGCCCACGUUUGUCAGCACCACCUCCUGCCCUCACAACCCCCCUCCCUGCAGAAUGGAGGAGCCAGCUGCUGAGGCGCUAUCCAGGGCCGGCGCCACUUCCAGCGCGCUCCCAGGGAACUGUCCAUUCCAGCGCCACUUCCAGCGCCCUCCCGGGGAACUGUCCAUUCCAGCGCCACUUCCAGCGCCCUCCCGGGGAGCUGACCAUUCCAGCGCCCUCCCGGGGAGCUAUCCAUUCCAGCGCCUCUUCCAGCGCGCUCCCGGGAACUGUCCGUUCCAGCGCGCCCCCGGGGAGCUGUCCAUUCCAGCGCCACUUCCAGCGCGCUCCCGGGGAGCUGUCCAUUCCAGCACCCUCUCUGGGAGAUGUUCAUUCCAAAGCCACUUCCAGGGAGCUGUCCAUUCCAGCACCUUCUCCUCUCCCAUUCCCCUCUCCCCAGCCCCUCUGAGCCCCCUCCCCCUUUCCCCAUGCCACGAUGUCGAGGUGCUGUUCCCCUGAGAGCGCGGAGCCCCUGGGAUCGCCUAGCGUUCUCAUCUCCAAGCGGGCUCCUGUAGCGAUGCACUUUACACCUUUCUCUGUCUCUUUCCAAGUGGCUGUGUAUCUAACCCCUGUAUAGGCACACACCUCUCCAGCUGUAGCAGGCUCAUUGUGUGUGCAAUCACCCCUCUUCUGUAUUUCAGACCCACACCCAUUCUCUAACUCAUCCAUCCAUCCAUCCCCACUCCUCCUCAUCCCUAUCCAGUUUGCAAAAUACCAGCAGAUCGGAAGCAAAUCCAAAGCCAGCAGUGCUGAAUGGAAGGCAGAGGUUCCGACACAGAUGGACUAUAAUAUAAAAGACAGUGAUCAUUUUGCUGUCGAGAGACAUUUUUGCUCCAUCUUUUUUGCAUGAGCUUCCUGGUCCUGGUGCCACAUCUUGGUGCCACUGGUCAUCCCACUAUGGCACGCUUCUUUUUAACAGAACUCCUCAUAUUUGUAUUUUUAUAUCCGAAUCUUUGUUAAAAAUGAUCUGCUAAUGUCUAAUGUUGAAAUAUUGCAUCAAAGAUUGUUCAUAUUUUUUCCAUAUGAAAGAAAAAAAGUGUAUAGAAUGGAAUUUAAAUGGAUGUUUCUCUUAAUUCUAUAUAUCAGUAUUGGACUGGACUUCUUGAAUGUGGUUAGAGUUUUGCACACCUCAAAACAUCAGUAAACAAAAAAAAUGUAUCUAAGAAUCUUAUACUGUGAUUAAUGGCUUUAUUGACGGACCAGACAGAAACAUAAUGACUUUAGAAGAUCUUAUUGCACUGGUUAUGAAUGUGGUUGGAUAACUCGCUGGUUAUUUGAUGCCUCUUUCUUGGGGGAUGUUCCAAGUUGGUGUUUUUAAUUUUGUACUUUAAUUUAAUUUUUUAAAAAGCUUAUUCUGGUCUGAUGUGCAUGAGAAACUAUCAUCUUUUCAAUAAUAUACUAUGUCAUUUUAUGAAGACAACAAAGCAAAAAAGAAGUCAUACCAUUCUAAGAAUGACCCAUUGUACAUUUUAAUGCAAUUUUUCACUGUAUUGGUGAACAAAACUCAAUGAAUAAAUACAUACAUGUACCAAACA